AUGGCGGGCCGCCGCCGCGUCAUACUGCUGGUGGUGGCGGCCGCUCUCGUCGUCGGCGCGGCGUCGGCCGGGGCGAGCGGCAAGUCCGCGCGGUUCGAGCUGCUCCGUCUCGCGCCGGUGGCGUCCCUGGCCGACCUGGCGCGCAUGGACCGGGAGCGGAUGGCGUUCAUCGCGUCGCGCGGGCGGCGCCGCGCGGCGGAGACCGCGUCCGCCUUCGCGAUGCCGCUCUCCUCCGGCGCGUACACGGGCACGGGCCAGUACUUCGUCCGCUUCCGCGUGGGCACCCCGGCGCAGCCGUUCCUGCUCGUGGCCGACACCGGCAGCGACCUCACCUGGAUCAAGUGCCACCGCGCCGCGGCCUCCUCCAAGAACGCCUCGUCGCUCCCGGCGACCGCCUCCCCUCGCCGCACGUUCCGCCCCGACAAGUCCAGGACGUGGGCGCCCAUCCCGUGCUCGUCCGCCACCUGCAAGGAGUCCCUCCCCUUCUCCCUCGCCGCCUGCGCCACUCCCGCCAACCCGUGCGCCUACGACUACCGGUACAAGGACGGGUCGGCGGCGCGCGGCACGGUGGGCAUCGACUCGGCGACCAUCGCGCUGGCGGGUCGCGCGGCGAGGAAGGCGAAGCUGCGGGGCGUCGUUCUGGGCUGCACCACCGCCUACAACGGCCAGAGCUUCCUGGCCUCCGACGGCGUGCUCAGCCUCGGCUACAGCAACAUCUCCUUCUCGUCGCACGCCGCGUCGCGCUUCGGCGGCCGCUUCUCCUACUGCCUCGUCGACCACCUCGCCCCGCGCAACGCCACCAGCUACCUCACCUUCGGGCCCAACCCGGCUUUCUCCACCACCGCGCCGCCGACGCCGGGCACCGCCUCGUGCAAGCCCGCGCCCCCGCCCGCCGACGACGCGCCCGGGGCGCGCCAGACGCCGCUAGUGCUCGACCACCGGACACACCCUUUCUACGCCGUCACCAUCAGGGGCGUCUCCGUCGCCGGGGAGCUUCUCAAGAUCCCGCGCGCCGUCUGGGACGUCGAGCAGGGCGGCGGCGCCAUCCUCGACUCCGGCACGAGCCUGACGGUGCUGGCGAAGCCGGCGUACCGCGCCGUGGUGGCGGCGCUGAGCAAGAGGCUCGCCGGGCUUCCCAGGGUGACCAUGGACCCGUUCGACUACUGCUACAACUGGACGUCGCCGUCGGGCAGCGACGUCGCCUUGCCCCUGCCAAUGCUAGCCGUGCAUUUCGCCGGGUCGGCGCGCCUAGAGCCGCCAGCGAAGAGCUACGUGAUCGACGCGGCGCCCGGUGUGAAGUGCAUCGGUUUGCAGGAAGGCCCGUGGCCGGGCCUGUCCGUCGUCGGCAACAUCCUGCAGCAGGAGCACCUCUGGGAAUACGAUCUGAGUAACCGACGGCUCAGAUUCAAGAGGUCGCGGUGCACGCACUGAUUGAACGUGCUCAUCGUUCCCUCCACUUCUUUUAUUUUUUUUCCCCCUUGUGGUGGUUGGUGGUCUGGCUGAUUUUUUGUGUUUUACCCGUGUUCAGAUACUAAUGCAAUGAGAAAUGUAUGGUGCAAAAAAGUGGUAAUCUGUAAUAAGUUUUCCUUUCUUUUAUUUCACCCGUCUGUUCCUUCUCAUUUCGGCGAAUAUAAGUGUAUAGUUUUUCUUCGU